AUGGCGGCUCUGAAACAGUCUUCCGCUUCCGGCGGCGAUCGCGCAGCAACUUUCUACGAUCACCCGAAUGAUCCGUGGGGCAAGCAGCGCUAUGGCGGUUCUGCCGUGGCGGAAGAAAGACCUGCUGCUGCUGUCGUCAAACAUAACCCUAUACCUCAAUACCCGAAGCGUAAAGGGUUUGUUCCUAGGAAGGUAGAGGACUUUGGCGACGGCGGUGCGUUCCCGGAGGUUCACAUAGCUCAGCACCCUCUAGGCAUGGGCAGGAACAUGUCGAAAUCUGGAACGAGUAUUCUUCCAGUUUCAGUUCAUGCCGACGGGAAAAUUGCGUAUGAUGCCCUUGUUAAGCAGAACGAGAACUCGAAAAAAAUUGUCUACUCCCAAUACAAGGAUCUCGUGCCGAAAAUUUUGAAGAAUGAGGAUGAGGUGAUGGUCGAGAAAGAUGAGGACGAGGAGUUGCAGAAGGAGGUUGAAGAAACUGCAGCGGAAACGAGAGCGGCGCUGGAGAAGAUCGUGAAUGCGAAAUUGGGCGCUGCACAACCGAACAACGUGGCAAAGCAGUCGACAGACUCGAAACUGAUCAAGUAUAGGUCGUCGCAGAAAUCGGCGGCAUUUAAUUCUGGCGCCAAGGAGAGGAUGAUAAAGAUGGUGGAGAUGCCAGUGGACCCACUAGAGCCUCCGAAGUUUAAGCACAAGCGUGUUCCUAGGCCUUCCGGUUCCCCACCCGUGCCGGUCAUGCAUUCACCUCCUCGACCGGUGAGUGAGAAGGACAAGAAGGGCUGGAAUAUUCCUCCGUGUGUUUCGAACUGGAAGAACCCAAAAGGGUAUACAAUUCCGUUGGACAAACGUCUUGCGGCUGAUGGGAGAGGGCUUCAAGAUGUUCAGGUGAAUUACGAUAAUUUUGACAAGUUUUCUGAGGCUUUGUAUGUAGCGGAGAAGAAGGCUAAAGAGGCAUUGGCUAUGAGAUCUAAAGUUCACGAAGAAAUUAUUAUCAAGGUGAAGGAAAGGAAGGAGCAGGAGUUUAGGGAAUUAGCUCGGAAGGCUCGUUUUGAAAGAAUUGGUGGCGUAUCGGUAUCCAUUGACCCAUCUGGCAAAGGAGGAAUGGAGACCGAUAUGCCAAAGGAGACAAGGGAGGAAAGAGAAGGGAGGUUGGAGCGGAACAAAAUUCGCAAGGAGAUGCAUGUAGAGAGGGAAAGGAAGAGAAGGUUGGAGGCAAAAGAUGGCGCAACGGGGAAGAAGAGUAGGGUUACAACAGAUAGAGAUCGGGAUGUUAGCGAGAAAGUUGCCCUAGGCAUGGCUAAUGUUGGAGGUGCAGGCGGCGGAGGGGGAGAAGUUAUGUAUGAUCAUAGGCUGUUCAACCAGGAGAAAGGAAUGGACUCCGGUUUUGCCACAGAUGACCAGUACAAUAUAUAUGACAAGGGCUUGUUUGCUGCUCAGCCGAUGCUCUCAACCUUGUACAGGCCGAAAAAAGAUGUUGAUAGUGAAAUGUAUGGCGGCGCGGAUGAGCAUUUGGAUAAGAUUACGAAGACUGAUCGCUUCAAACCGGACAAAGGGUUUGAAGGAACUGCUGAGAGGGCGUCAGAAAGAAGAGAUGGACCUGUCGAGUCUGAAGCCGAUAUAUUUGGUCUAGACCGGCUAAUGACAAAGAUGAAGAACAAGGGCGAGAAACCCACGGACAAGGUUAGAACAGGAGGGACGAUGAGAGCAAGUGCCUGCGGGUCUUCGAUGCAAGAUGGUUAUCAAACGGGCUCCAAAAGAAGAACUCGUAUCAAGCUUUUCUGAAUGUGAUCCACCUGAUUGGAUUGUGAAGGUUAAUUGCUCGCACUUCUUACUUGGAGGAUGUUUGUUUUCGCAUUUUAGUUUGU